AUGGCAGAUGUUCGGAAUCUGAACCCAUACCCCGCACCGGCACCACCCAUGGCUGCGCCUGUGCAAUUCUCGCCAGCCCCAACCGGCACUUGGACGACGGGAUGCUGUGGCUGCUUCGAGGACUGCGAAGCCUGUUGCUGCGCUUACUUUUGCCCCUGCGUGGUCUUCGGCCGUGUCGCCGAAAUCGCUACGGACGGUAACGUGGCGAUGGAGGAGGCUUGCGCCUUGUGGUAUCUCAUCGAAUGUUGCCUCCUCGCUGGAUGCGUGUAUUCGUUUGGCUUCCGAACCAAGCUGAGGGCGAAGUACAACCUGCCUGGCGACUCGGUAAACGAUUUUUUCUUGCACUGGUGCUGCCAGUGCUGCGCCUUCUCUCAAGAAUACCGCGAGCUGAAGAACCGCGGAUGGAUUCCUGCUGACGGUUACAGAGCCAACAUAAUGAGUGGGAUCAGCGGUGUUCGUCAUGCAGCGUAUAUUCUGGUGCGUGAAUCCCUUGCACCCGCACAGGCACCAGCACCCACCGUGCCUCCGCCUGUGCAAUUCAAUGCGGUGCCGAUGGGCUCGUGGACGACCGGAUGCUGCGGCUGCUUUGAGGACAUUAAUGCUUGUUGCUGCUCUUUUUGGUGUCCCUGCGUCGUCUUCGGUCGAGUCGCCGAAAUCGUGACGGACGGAAACGUGGAUGCGCAGGAAGCUUGCUUGAUCUGGUGCUUCGUGGACGCCUGCCUUCUGGCAGCAUGCGUGUAUUCAUUCGGUUUCCGAACGAAACUGAGGGCCAAGUACAACCUGCCCGGGGAUACCGUAAAAGAUUUUUUCCUGGACUGGUGUUGCGGGUUCUGUUCCUUCUCACAGCAGUACCGCGAGCUCCAGAAUCGCGGAUGGGUCGUCGCAGACGGUUACAAGGCUAACAUUCAACGGUUUCAAGCCGGUAACAACACAGCGCCUGCAAGUCAGUUCAUGACAAAGUAG